CUUUUAAAAUUUCAUGCCGGCUGUUUUUAUUAAUUUUGGCAAACUUUAAAAAUGCAAGGCGACGUAUCUGGUGUGCGAAUUACUCCACCAAUCUUGGAGUUUUACGAUACAAAGCCAGAUAAUGUUUUUCAACUAACCGUAAAUGUCAAAAAUAUCAGUAAAAUCAGUCGAAACAUUAGAUAUUAUGGACCAAAGAGUCAAAAAUUCAGUAUUAAAGUAAAGAAUCCUGAUCAGCCAGUAGCACCAGGGUUAAGUGUUCAGGCUAUUAUAGAAUAUGAACCAACUGAUAAAAAUGAAGUUAAAGAUAGAUUAGUUAUUACUGUAGAUGGUGAUGUUAUUGAAGUACCUAUCAGGGCGUUUCCAUCACAGCCUGUAUUAGAGUUAGAAAAAAGUGUAAAUUUUGGUCACAUUGUAGCAACAAGUCGUGUAAUUGGUAGAGAAAUAGCAUUAAUAAAUCAUGGAUCAUUAACGGGACAGUUUAAAUUAGAAUAUAACGGGAAUAAACAUCUAUCCGCACAUCCUGCUAGUGGUUCCGUUCCACCGAAUAGUGUACAAAUAAUUAAGAUUGAAUGUGUUACAAAAGAACCUGGAAAAUUAGAUGAAACUUUUUCAGUAACGUUAGAAGGUCAAGAAGAUAGUAUAUUACGAGUAACAGGGAAUAUCGUCAAACGAUCAUUACAGUUAGUAUCUAUACAUGAUGAACAAACGAUAGAAUGCGUUAAAUUUGGAUCAACAUAUUAUGGUACGGAUAAAACAGAAUACGCUAUAUUACACAACAAUGGACCAGAAACUAUCAACUUUGUCGCCAUCAUGGAUGAAGAAGCAGAAGCACAGGAAUUGGGAGUUGAUCUCAGUCAAACAACAGCUGCUGCCUUGGCUGAAGAAUCAAGUAGUGGAUUGAGUAAAGGCAGCACCAAUAUUUUAACAUCAUUAAUAACAGCCAUACCCAAUCAAGGUGUUUUACGACCAUAUGAAAAAAUACCUAUAUUCUUUAGAUUCAGUCCAAGAUGGUACAGCUCAAAACAAGGUUGGAAAUGUCAAGUAACACCGCCACCAAGAAAAGAUUUUGCUUUGUUUAUGCGUCUACAAAUCAUUGGUUCAAAUAAUGGAAUAUCCAAUCAGAAAGAUGAUGUCGCUAGUGGCAACAAAGAUGGUUGUUUUGCGGAGGUAGCUCUAACAGGAACAGCAUUACCAGUGUUAUUAGAUAUUUCUCCAGCCCCAGUUUUUGAUUUUGGGGAAUGUCUGGUCGGAGAACAUGCAGAUGUUCUGUUUACUUUGAAAAACGAUUCCACCAUCUUGCCAGUAACUUUCCAGUUUAAAAGAAUUGCUCAUUUUUCGACUCAUCCACCAAGCGGCAAGAUUUCUCCUGGUCAGACACAAGAUGUUAUAUUCUCAUUUUCUCCACGUCAAGUUGGAACAUUUACACCCCAGCAGUUAGUUGAUGUUCUGGGUCAUAUUGCUGAUAAUCGUAACCCGACCUUGACCCAUCUUAAGGUCAUACAUGUUAUGGGUAUAAAGUUUAAAGGGACCAGUGAUCCCGUGGUAAUCAAACCAAGUCCACGAUUUAAUCCAGGUAUAACACCUAUGAUAAGUAAUGAAGUAGGUUUGUACGUAGAUGAGACAACAUUCGUAAAACUGGAUACAAAUAAACCUCGUAAUGCUCUUAUUGGUGCCAAUAAAACAAGACUACAUGCGUUAAAAUCAGCAACAACGUCCAGAGAUGAUGAAGAUGAUGAUGAUAGUCAAGUAAGAAUUGCUUAUCCCAACGAUCGUGCCCAGAGCAUCAGGCCGACAGAUAAACGGGAACGAUACAAGACAAUUUUUACAAAAGCUGAACGUCAUCAUUAUAUUGAUCCGGACUAUGCCUACACAGACGAGGAGGAAGAAAAUAUUCGUCAACAUUCCAAUAAAUAUCUGGAUUUUAUCAGAAACUUGAGAGAAAAUAGACUCAAUAAACAAAAACACAGUGAAUUUACCAAGACCAAUAACUCUGUUGAUAUAGGAUUAAAAUCAGCUGGUGGAUUACGUCCUUUUACCAUAAAGACCGAUCAUAUCAAACCAGAUCCACAAAUUCCUCCUCCACCAAAUGCCAACUGGAAGUUAUUAAGUGCUAAAGAGUUGAGUGAGAUCGAGAAGAUAGCCAUGACCAGAAAUGUGUCUGAAGGUCUGAAUGCAGUCCCUACCACACUACAAGAGAAAAAAGAUUGUUCAAAAUGGCUGACACCCCAGCAGUUACAUCAAUUAGUAAUAGGCCCAUCAACAAUAGAUUUUAGUAAAGUUUGUUUGAGGUCUGUUAGUCAGAAAGAUAUUGUUAUUAUCAAUAACUUGGAUCAGUUUGUACAUAUAGUAGCAGAGAUUGAUUGUAAAGAGUUACGACAGAGUAGUCCAUUAUCACAAGUUCUACCACCCAUGUCUAAAGCUGUAAUACCUGUUAUAUUCGAGUCUAGUAUACAGGGAACUUUUCAGAGGUCAGUAUUAUACACAGUGAAUGGAUUCUAUCAAGAUCAUGUGACCGUAUUAGCUGAGGUUGUACCGGUCUCAAUAGAGUUAUCUACCCAAAAUCUUGUUCUUAAACCAACCAUUGGUUCGCCAGCAGAUGCAGGUAUACGUGGUGUUAUUACAUUAUAUAACAGAUAUAAUCAUAAUGCUGAUUUCGGAUGGUCGCCUAAAAUCGGUGAAAAGGGCACAGCAUUCUCUAUUAGACCAGCUUCAGGAAGCGUGAAAGCUUUUAAGUCUUUAGAUUGUGAAGUAGUCUGGCAUCCAUCCUACCUGGCACCAUUAGAUGGAGAAUUUUCACUGGAUAUUAUCGGCGGUACGAGUGUUCCGUUACAGUGUUAUGCUGAGUUGGGUCAUUCAAAUGUACAUUUUGUUGAGCGUCGUAUUAUGUUUGGUCAGGUUCCUGUUAAUUUAUCAACAGUUAGAACAGCUCUAUUACAUAAUACAGGACCAAAUCAUGCUUACUUUCAGGUUUUAGAUCCGAAUCCAUUCCCAGGAUUAACAGUAUCACCUGUACAUGGUGUAAUACCAGUAGGUGGCACCACAGAGAUAAAAGUAGCGUUAACACCAGACGCGGUAUUAAAGUUUGAUACAAGGAUACAGAUUUCAAUCAAGGGAGGUAAAUGUAUUGAGUUACGAAUGGGAGGUACCGUGGAGUCACCGGCUGUUGAUAUUGAUCUGCCAUCUUUCCAUCUUGGUGGAGUUUAUUGUGGAUCUGGAACCCAAGUUCCCUUUAAAUUGAUUAAUAAGACAGUAACUAAAGCAAAAGUAGAAUUUGAUUUGACAAGAUUUAAAGAUUUUACUCUCAAUUUUCCUGGAUCACAGUCACAAGAUGAUUAUACCUAUCAGAUGAUGAAUCCGGGAAUGUACAGCGUCGGUCUUCGACCUGAAGAGGUUAUAACGGGGGAAUUAACAUUCAUGCCAAGAGAGGUUGCAGCCUAUGACUUCAUUAUGCCAGUGGUUGUAAAUCAUAUCGGAGCCCCCUCACCUGCUCCCACCCCCUUCCCCCCUACUCCAGUACCCUCCCAGAAGAACAGCUUGGAACACAUCAUCAACCCUCGACCUAGACCUGCUAUAGUUGUCACGCCAAGAAAGCAUGUGGUUGCCACGGCGUUGCGUCAGCCAUUACAGUUAUCAACUAAUCGUAUUGAAUUUAAUCUGCCGUCAAGUUUUAACGAUGUUACGAUGAAUACAGGUUUUGGAGGAUCCAAGAAUUUUGUAUUGGUCAACAACAGUGAUAAGAUGUUAAAAUGGGCAUUAGAUUUAUCCCAACCGUCGAGAGCGUUGGAUGAAGGUAUCUUGAAGUUCCUUCAUCCAACAGGAUUACCGUUUAUGAAGAGUGGAAGUGGUUGUGGUAUAGAAGGAGAAUUAGAUCCAGGAAAAACUCAGUCUAUAGUUAUUUUGUUCUGUCCCAAUGCUCCAGGUCGAUACGAGGCUGUCGUACCGAUUAUAGUUAAUGAGGAAUGGACGAAACCCUAUCAAUAUUUACAAGUUAUGGGGGAACUGAAGGCACCCAAGAUCUGGUUUGAUCCUCCUUCCCUGUGUCUGACUCCUGUUCCGUUACUAACAGAAAUAUCAGGAGAAUUUAAUCUUCUAGCUUCGCAAUAUAAAAAAGUGACUCCAUUAGAUGUUGAACUACCACAAGUUGAAUGUGAAGAUGGCAGCAAAAUAUCACCGUUAAAAAUAUCUUUUAGUCAAGGUCACGAUAUCCAGCCAUGUUGUGGUGACAGCGGUCAGAUGGAUCCUUGUAGUUUGAGAUGUAAAGUUACGUUUGUCAGUACAAAACCAAUCUCAUUCUCUCAACCAAUCAUCUUCAAGGAUACAGAAGGUCAAAGUUUCAAGAUAUUUAUCACGGCUACAGCUGAUAAUUGUAUUUUAUCGUGUUAUCCGUUUCUGGCUCUACAUCGAACCGAUCAUCAGAUCGUCUGUGAACAGGAUAUACAGAAUACUUGUUUAAAGAACCAGGCAGUAGCAGGGGAUGUGGCAUCAGGUGAGACAGAUGAAGCUACAGCAGAUGCCCAGGCUGUCGUAGAGGAGUGCGAGGCUGAAUUAGCUGAAUGUGAAGAGAGUUUAGCUGAAGCGUUACCAGCAGUAGAGGCAGCCUUGUCGGCUCUUAAUGCAUUGCCUAAGAGCGAUAUUGUAUUAAUUAGAUCUAUGAUCAAUCCACCUGCUCUAGUAAAACUGGUUCUGGAAUCGAUCUGUGUUAUUUUGGGUAUAAAACCAGAACGCAGACCUGUUGAAGGUCAGGCUGGAAAAAUGGUUGAAGAUUUCUGGAUACCAUCAAAGAAAUUAUUAGCAUAUUGUUUCUUGGAUCGAAUGAGGAAUUUUGAUAAAGACAAUAUUCCGUCAGGUGUGAUGAAACGGGUACGAGAAAAGUAUUUAUCAAACCCCGAAUUUGAACCUAAUUAUAUUAAGAAAGUUUCGGCAGCAUGUGAAGGUUUAUGUCGAUGGGUUCAAGCUAUUGAUCUUUACGACAAAGUAGCGAAGAUUAUUGGAAUUGGACCGAAGAAAGCCAAACUAGCAGAAGCAGAGAGUGCGCUGUCCACGCAGAUGGAGAAAUUGAACGCAAAUCGAGGUCAAGAACAAGUUGGCUCAGUACCUAAAGGACGUAGAAUUCAAGGAUCAAUUACUAGUGACAGUGUGGGUGAGGCCAUUAUUGUACCAUGUCAUACCCCACCUCGGUCACACAGUCGACAGAGUACCAGCGCAACCAGCUCCAACUUCCAGAUAUCAUCAUCGAGUUAUGAAUCGUCUAUUGAUUGUACAGAUGGAACGGAAGGGACGACACCGUUAAAUAGAGAUGGCGCCAUGAACAAACAACAGAUGGUUGUAGAACAAAAUGGACGACCGAUACAAGAAAUACCGUCCAGAUCUGUCGGCUCGGCCAUGUUCCCUGAUGAAGACACAGAAGAAGGUCAAUAUCAUACGGAAGUAUUAAUGGCUGUACAGAGAUGGUUUACAGCUAAUGGUUGGCCUGGUGGACCAUUUCCUAUACAAAUACCAUAUACACUGAGAAUAAGUUUGAGUAAAAAGAAAGACGAUGAGAAAAGAGGAGGAAGCUGGGAUACUACCAGCGUAAAGAAAGAUGUUAAAACUAUUUACGAUAUGAUCUCACACCUGAGUGGUCGACCUGUACCAGGUAUACCUGUUAACGCCUCGUUUCCUGCUAAUCCUGUUGAACGAGUUAAACAGAUCUACUGGCAACACUCUACGCUGCUUACAUUUAUCAGAUGUCAAGGUGGUAGUGUUUCGGGAAUAAGACCAGAACAUCUGAUGGAACUUGGUGACUGUAUUUUAUGGAAAGAACUUCAGGCCGAGAUAAAACGUGGUCUGUUACAGCAGGGAAAGACAGCAGAAGCAGGAAAUAUCAUAGAUUCUGAACCAAUUGAUGAUGAGGAUGUAUUCGAGGCUUUAUCGAAACGAGCUUGGACCGAUUUACUCCUACAGAUCAUGAAGUGUUUGGUUUUAGCCAAGGUGACACCCAGAACUUUGAAGAAUAUUGCUACACCUACUCCUGGCGUUACCAUGCCGAUUGUAAACCCAGACCCAUUGUGUAGUAAUAUUUAUUGUGUGGGAGAGAGAAUAAUAUUAACAUGGUUAAAUCAUCAUUACGAACAAUAUCGACAUAAAAUCUGGAAAAACUCUACCAAAGGUGGUGUUCCAGCAUCUCGAUGGAUCGUAAAUUAUGACAUGGAUUUAUUAGAUGGUUUAGUUGUCGCAUCUGUUCUUGGAGCUCAUCUUUCUUUCCUGGUAGAUGAUUAUUUAAGUGAUAUGUACACCCAUCCAUCAACAGCUGAACAAUGUCUUCAUAAUGCAUUAAAGAUUGUUAACGCCAUGAGGUUUGCUGGUAUUGAAUACGACAUACAGGCUAUAGAUAUCACGGAUCCUAAUCCUGUAUCCAUGUUAUUUUUGUGUAUGCAUCUAUAUCAGAAGUUACCCCAGUAUCUACCUAAAGAUGAUAUUGACUUUACUGGUUCUCUUCAUUCUACAGUUACUAGACAGGUGAAGUUAACAAACUCAAGUAAUAAAUCUUUAAACUACCAUGUUCUAUUGGCUGGUCGUGACGCUAAAGAUUUCCGCGUACCGAAAGGUGAUCAUGUGACCGUUCCACCAAAAACCACCUACCCUCUGUCUGUAGAACAUGUCAGUCGAUUCCUGAGACCUGCGGAAGCUGUUCUUGUUUUGGUUGGUCGACGUCAAGGAUCGACAACUGGUACAACGAUGACCUUUCAACUCCACACACAGAUAGAUAACAUCACUCCAUUGCCUUCCAGUCAUUAUCAGAUGACUAUGAAGACCGAAUCUCCAUGUUACGAACUUGAAAGAAUAAUUCUGGAUGUCACAAACCCUUUUAACGAAGGUGGAGAAUUCAAGAUUAUUCUCAUGGAGACGAACAUGGACACGUCAGAUCCCUCGAAACCUGCAGCAGCGUCUGUACUACUCCGAACGAAGGAUAAGAAGAAGAAGAAAGUUAAAGCUAAAAUAGAUCAUGGUCAGAAUCGUCCUGAAACGCCACCCACCCCUCCACCUCCAGUGAUCACAGACACACAACAACUGGCAAAAACAAAAAAGGAUGAUGAGGCGAUGACUUUGAGUGCUUUCUCCUCUCCUAUGAAAACAUUUUAUCUGGAAGCAGGAGGUUCAGCUGAGGUCCAGGUCGACUUCCUUCCAUUCUUCACCGGAGAUCGACAGUGUUCCGUGAUAUUCCUCAACGACAACAUAGGAGAGUUUUUGUAUUCCAUCGAAGCGAAAGCCACGUUACCUUUGCCGUCACCGCUACCAUUUUUACCCAAUCAAAACACGAUUAGGAUUAGCAGUGCGGCUCCUUAUGGUAAUGGACGUGGUUUACAAGGUGGUGAAGAAACUGUAAUAUAUUGGAAGUGUGAUUCCGGUCAACCAUUAAAACAGACGUUGUUGAUACCUGUAACUAACAUGACGAAAGAAAAGGCUUUAAUAUUAGCUGCUCAACAGAGAAUGUCAGAACUAGAGAUACAGCGACGCAGUGCUACAGGUACCCUGACUAGUUCCAGUGUAGCAGCUAAAACAGUUAAACUCCUCUCAUCAGGGACAUCAACACUCGCAAAAACACACAAAACAAGGAAACACAACUAUAACAAAUAUACAGUCGAAGUUGAUUCGGAAUAUUAUAAAAUACCGUCCUCGUUAUCAAUGCCAAGUCCUCUUGAUGCUCGGAGUCACAGCGCACCCACCAGCACUAGAAUACCACAAGGUAUUAAAAUAGAAGAUGGUAUAGUGGAACUACCUGUAACAUUUAAAGCUAAAACACCUGGACAUUAUCCAGCUGAGAUUAUAUUACGAGCUGUAGAUGAUAUCCGUGUUUAUCAUAUAGAAACUACCGUUAAUCCUGAUGGUAGUAUGGCGGAACUAGAGUUAUCUAUUCCCGUUAAUCAAUCACUAACGCAGAAUAUACCUAUCGUGAAUUUGACGAAUCACGAUUGGCCAUUGAGAGCUGAAAUAACUGGUGAUGGGUUUUCUGGUCCACCAUCACAUUUAGCCAAGGCAUAUCAGACAGCUCAGUAUCCCCUCGUAUAUAAACCAUUGUAUGAAACACCUGUAAAGGGUAAAUUAGUUUUAAGUAAUAUCGAAGAUGGAACAGAUCAUGUGUUUAUUUAUAUUUCAGGGUAA